AUGAAGGGAUACAAUUUUAUUUCCAAAUUUGAUAAAAUCCUACAAGAUCUAUAAAUAAAUAUACUUCUUCCAAUCAAAUUAGCUAAAUAGUUUUUUUAUAAAAUUAUAUAAGGGAAAAGAGUCUCUUGGUGUAAAUUCUCAUCUUCUCUUCAGUCUUCUCAUGUUAUUUUCAUGGUUGGUCUUACAGAAAUUUUACCGUUUUUUCAUAUUUAAUGAUUUUAUUCGUAGCGAAGCUUAAUUUGUCAUGUAGCAAUCAUGAUUUGUAGAUAAUCACAUUUCUCAUGCCUUAGUCUUGUCUCUUAAAACCCGCGUCUAUAUGAAUAUAACACCCAUAUAUUUGUCUAUGUGUAUAUAUAAUUACACCAAAGCAACACACGAUCUCUACAAGAUUAGCGGAUCGAUAACAUUCAGAUCUGAAAAACUAAGGCUAAAACUAAAACUUGUGGAUCGAUUUUGCAUAAUCAGUCAUCUCUAGAAAAUGGAGAACGAAUUUGAUUUAACACUGAGGUUAGGUUUGCCAAGUCCUACUGUUGAGACACAUCUGAGCUUAAACACUCUCACCACUGAUCAGGGGAACAACGUCGACGGUAACCGCCGAGACAACAACGACAACGGUGAUAUUCGUGGCCGCCGUCACAUUCUUAACAAUAAUGAAUCGACCAACGGCCACGAAGGUGGGAAAAAGAACGUCGACGUCAACACCAGAUUCUACAACUUAAUCGUCAACCACUUCGCCGGCGUCGGCAAGGCCUUGAACUUUGAACCUUUACCGAUGCAACCAUCUCCGGCUCCUGUGCCGGAGACUCCUAUGGGAAGUGACUAUGUGCUGAUUGAUGUCCCUGCUAAGAGAGCACAACAUAACUCUUUAGCGUUUAAAAAUGCUGUGGACGCUCACGAAACUCUAGGGCGGCGUUGGGGCUGCAGCGGCGCCUGUACAGCAGGAAGGAUUAACGAGAUGAGGAAGUGUACGAACAUGAACUGCAAGGCAAUUAACACUCCUAUGUGGCGAAAGGGUCCUCUUGGUCCCAAGAGUUUAUGCAAUGCUUGUGGGAUAAAGUUCAGGAAGGAGAAAGAGAAGAGAUGCAAUGGAACUGAUCAGUGAUUGUGAUUGUGGUUGUCUUUGUAUUUGAUUAAUACAUAAACAAAAGGAGAGAAACAGACUCAUUGUUAAUUAAGCAUUAUAUGUCUCUGAUUAAGCUUUUUGAGAGGAAAGCUAAACUAUGGAGAUUUAAGCAUAUUUAUUGAAAUGUCAUUCAUUUUGAAUAUGUUUUUUUUUAACACUGGGUAAGUACAUUACAUUUUUCAGUAUGUUUUUUUUUGUCAUCAAAUACAGACUCAUAUUGACUCUGUGAACUACUCCGGUAGAUCUUGAUCCAUGUGAAUGACAAACAAUAAAAAAAUUUCAUAUAUGAAUUUGCAGCUUUUUAAUGAAAACAAUAAAAAAAUUUCAUAUACCUACAUUAUUAGAGUUUUAACAAAUUAUGCUAAAUAAAGGCAGUAACUCUUCAAAUAAAAUACCAUCUUGAUUUUUUUUUUAGGUUUCUUCGAUAUGUUUCUAUUCGUUGUUUCGAAAUCGAUCUGUGCUUCCGUUUUGGUAAUUUUAUGGUACGACUUUUAUUUUUGUUUUAUUAUUCUUUGUCGUCUAUCUUUACUAGUUAUCGGUUAGAUUUCUUUUGUGAUCAUAUAUCUCCGGAAAGAUUUCGAUCUUUAUUGGCUUCUAGUUCCGGAAAGAACGUGUUUAUAUGCUACUUGUUUUAAUAGAAUUUUUAGAUGAUAGAAAAUAUUCCCUUCGUUUCAAAAUACAUAUUUUAGAUUUUUCACACUUUUAGAUAAAACACAUUAAAUUUGAAUAAUUUUUUGUGAUUAUCUCUUUUCCAUAAUUUUAAGCUAAUAAAAAUCCAAUAAGUGUAAUUAGUUUUUUUUUUAAGUUUACAAUUAAUUAAUAAAACAUGCACUGAAAAUGUAAAAAAUAGAUUUGCUUAAAAUAAUUUUUUUCCCCAGAAUAUAUAACUGUAUGAAAAGGAGGGAGUACUAUUAGUUAUUCAAAAAUACAAAAGCAUAUUCAAUCAUAGAGAAAUACUAUAUAUCAAUAAUUUUAAAUGAAUGUUAUAUUUUUUUUUUAAAAGAACAUAUCCGAAGUAAUACAUAUUCUUCGCACUACGAAUUUACAUGAAAUAUCAUUGGUUCAUCUAGCUACUUUUAUCAGGUUUCAGUGUGUGUUUUUUUUACAGCAAGUUUCAGUUUUACAGUAAUUCACUUCUAGUGAUGAAUUCAUUCUUCGUCAUAGGUCAUUUAAAAAUUGAAAUAUUGAUGUAAAAGGAAAAUCAUAUUACUGAUUUUGAUACAGACAAAUUUCAAAAAUGUAUUUAUUUUCUUUUCUUUUUUUGGUUAAACGAUGAUUUAUUAAUUCAAAGAUCCAAAGCGAAGGAUACAGAAAUUAAAGAGAGAGCUGAUUUGGAAAGCCAUGAGCAAUUACAUUUCCCAAAGGAGGGUUCAAAGGAAAUUUGAUAGAGGUCAAGGAUCGACUCUACACGCGGAUGUCAUGGAUGAUACUUAAGGGCCAUCGCAUCCGCAAUUUAAGGCGAGGCAGCAUGAGUUCUGCUAUCAAAACCUUGCCUGAUACCUGUAGAAGCUUGUAUGAACCAACGUAGUCCACAAUCACAAGACAAAGGAUUCCAAGCAGCAUCAGAGUAGAUAAUCUUUACAUUAGCAUUCAUGGCAAUAAGAUUUUUCGGGUCAGCUUUAAUGGAAGGGAGAUCUGGUUUUUUCUUCAAUUUGAUCUGUUGGUAGUCUUAUUUUCUCAAAAUACAUCCCAUAGCACUGAUUUACCGUUUUCUAUCAAUUUUAAUGAAUUCAAAUGGUUUUGUACGGUUAGAAUUAUUCUACAAGGAUGAGAUUUACAUAUUUUGAAUUCUGGUUAUCAGGUUAUGUAUAGAAAUAAAUAGUUUCAAAUUAAAAUAUAUUGAUAUUAUUACAGCUGUAUGUAUGACUGUACGUUUACUAGAAAGGAACGUUAUUCUUCUUCUUUUUUGAGCAAUAGAGACGUUACUACAUUGGUUUUCUUUGUUUGUGUUCGAGUUGUUGCAUAUAUUAAUGGUAAGUAUCUAGCCCACAGCAAGUAAUUAUAAUUGCAAAACCAGUUACAUUGGUAUUAGAGAAAUGUUGUUUUUAUUGGCGAAAUCGACAAUUAAAAUUAGAGAUGGCAAUUCAGGGGCUUGCCCGCGGGCCUGGCCCGGAAAUGCCCAUUGCGGGGCGGGAUUGGGUAAAGAUAUUAUGGCCCGUUUAGUUGCGGGUCUUGCGGGACAGGACCGCGAUGGUACUGGGCCGAAGCGGGACGGGCCAAAGCGGGAUGCGGGGAAACAUUGAGGCCCGCUACAGUUUUCUCGUUUGUCUCUUUGGUGAUUUACCGAUAAUAGAGCUAAACGGUGAACAGGUGAUGACGAUAGCGAUUCUUGCUCUCUGUGUUUCUUCUUCUUCGAUCGAGUGAUCGACGACGACAAAGCAUCUUCUUCUUCUCCUCUGUACAGUAGAUCGACUUGCAUGUCCAGAGUUAUUUAGCUCGGGCCUCUCUGUUUACACGAUUUUAGAUUUCUGUUCGUCCUUUCAAAGGUAAGUAAUCUUCUUCCUUGUUCUGUCUCUAUCCCUGUGAAUGUGUUCUGUGAAUCUUCUUAGUUAGAUUAUGUCUCUCUGCGAAAGUGUUUUUUCCUAACAGUGUAAUUAUAUAUAUAUAUAUAUAUAUAUAUAUAUUGUGUUGUUAUGUUUUGUUUAUGUAUUAGAUGGCUUGGUUGUAUAAGCGUUGUUCUCUUUUUGUUCUGCUUACUCUCGGUUGCUAGUUAUUAAUUAAAAAAUUCAACACAACUUUACUCUUGGUUGUUUCUGUAUUGUUCUGUUUUUGUUUCGGUAUUGAUAUAUAUAUAUAUAUAUAUAUAUUGUCGUUCUUCUUUUGUUUCUGUAUUAGAUGGCUUUGUUGUUUUUUAAGUAUUGUUCUGUUUUUGAUUCUUGUUGAUAACACGGUUCAAGCACUCUUGUUAUCUUGUUUGAUAACAGACUGGUCUUCUUUUUUAUUAAAUAUCGCUUACACUUGUUUUGUUUUUCACGCAUGAUCAUGAAUUCAUGAGUCGAUACUUGUUUGAUGGAGUGAUGUUGGACAAGGAGAGGAGAGACUGAUAUUAUUCCCUUCUGCCUUCGGGUUGCUUCAGGACUUGAGGUGACACAGGUCCCAAGCCUUGAUGAAGAUUGCUGGCCCGCGGGCCGACCCGCAUACCCGCUGCUAUAGGGCGGGUCGGGAUUGGUCAUAGGUUUCAGAGACCGCAGCCCGCCGCGGUACGACCCGCAGAGACUCGAAUGAAACUGAGCCCGCGACGGGGCGGGUCAUUUGGUUGCGGGAGAGCCCAAAUGCCAUCACUAAUUAAAAUAAUGAUAUUGAUUUAAGUACAUUGAUAAGAAACGGUCAUUUUAAAAAUCAAAGUAACAAAUAUUUUAUUUCUUCAUAA